ACGUACGGGAAAGUUUACAGAGCCAGAGAGAAAGCUACCGGAAAUAUCGUCGCUCUUAAGAAGACGCGUCUCACUGAGGACGAAGAAGGCGUUCCUUCCACCACCCUCCGCGAGAUCUCCAUCUUGCGCAUGCUCGCUCGUGAUCCCCACAUCGUUAGGUUGAUGGACGUUAAGCAAGGACUGAGCAAAGAAGGAAAAACCGUACUGUACCUGGUUUUCGAGUACAUUGAUACUGAUGUCAAGAAAUACAUCAGAAGUUUCCGUCAGACCGGAGCCAACAUUCCACCCCAAACUGUCAAGAGCUUGAUGUACCAACUAUGCAAAGGAAUGUCAUUCUGCCAUGGCCACGGAGUGUUGCACAGAGAUCUUAAGCCUCACAAUCUCUUGAUGGAUCCGAAGACAAUGAGGCUCAAGAUAGCAGAUCUCGGUUUAGCCAGAGCCUUCACCCUGCCAAUGAAGAAGUACACCCAUGAGAUAUUAACUCUGUGGUAUAGAGCUCCAGAAGUUCUUCUAGGUGCCACUCAUUACUCUACAGCUGUGGAUAUGUGGUCUGUUGGCUGCAUAUUUGCUGAACUUGUGACCAACCAAGCAAUCUUUGCUGGGGACUCUGAGCUCCAACAGCUCCUCCAUAUUUUUAAGUUGCUCGGGACACCCAAUGAAACCAUGUGGCCAGGUGUGAGCACGCUCAAGAACUGGCACGAGUACCCACAGUGGAAACCGUUGAGUCUGUCCACAUCUGUUCCAACCCUCGAUGAGCCUGGACUUGAUCUUCUCUCUAAAAUGCUGCAGUACGAGCCAGCGAAACGAAUCUCGGCAAAGAUGGCUAUGGAGCAUCCUUACUUUGAUGAUCUGCCGGAUAAGUCCUCUCUCUGA